ACUGUUUUUGUGCUUUGUUUACAGCGGCGGUUGUUUUAAAGUGCUCUAUGAAUACAGCUAAAUUGAGCUGAGUUGACCUACGUUCUCCGUUGGUGCCCCGUUCCAUUUCUGCCAACAAAAGCUCCCAGCGUUUUUACGAUGUCAACACCAUUAAAGUACAACCUUAUCGUGUGUGCAAAUAAACACAUGGGUGUUCAAGGUCGGGUUCAAGGUUCGUCCGCCUGCACUCAAUCAACGAUUAGGAGCUAAAACGGCGCACAUGUGAAUGGAUCCUCCUGAGUUAGCGAGACAAUGAACCCGACCUCAGAGAACCACAGGAUUCCUCUUCGAGACGGGAACCAAAUCCCGCUGCUGGGAUUGGGCACAUAUGCAGACCCUCAGACGACACCAAAAGGUACAGCCUUGGAAUGCGUCAAGCAGGCCAUCAAUGUGGGCUACAGGCACUUUGAUGGCGCUUUGGUGUAUUACAAUGAGCACGAGGUGGGUCAAGCCAUCCGGGAAAAGAUUGCUGAUGGAACUGUGAGACGAGAGGACAUCUUUUACUGCGGCAAGCUCUGGAAUACCUUCCAUCCGCCAAAACUCGUCAGGCCGACUUUGGAGAGGACCCUCAAGGCCCUGAAACUGGACUAUGUGGAUCUCUAUAUCAUUGAGCUUCCAAUGGCGUUCAAGCCCGGCAAUGAAUUCUACCCUAAAGACCGCAAUGGGAAGUACAUCUACCACCACACAGACCUCUGUGCCACCUGGGAGGCUUUAGAGGCAUGUGUCGACGCAGGCCUUGUCAAGUCUCUGGGAGUGUCCAACUUCAACCGCAGACAACUUGAACUGAUCCUCAACAAACCUGGCCUCAAACACAAGCCCGUAUCCAACCAGGUGGAAUGUCAUCCUUACUUCACGCAGCCCAAACUUCUGGACUAUUGCCGUCAAAACGACAUUGUUAUUGUCGGCUACUGCCCGCUCGGUUCCUCCAGAGAUGCAUCCUGGGUCAAUUUGAAAUGUCCUCCCAUGUUGGAGGACGAGCUGCUCAUCUCCAUCGGGAAGAAGUACAACAAGAGCAGUGCUCAGGUGGCUCUGCGCUUCAACGUGCAAAGAGGAGUGGUGGUCAUUCCCAAGAGCUUCAACCCACAGCGGAUCAAACACAACUUCCAGAUAUUUGAUUUUUCACUCACCGAAGACGAAAUGAAAGCCAUUGAAGGGCUGAACAAGAACAUUCGCUUUGUGGAGCUGCUCAUGUGGAGUGACCAUCCGGAGUACCCGUUUCAUGAUGAUUACUAAAUAUUAUCACUAUAAAAAAAAGGUGGCUCAAUUGGAAUAAAGCAAUGACCUCCAAGUGACGACUUGUUGGCAUUUCGACAUGUGAUAGCGCACACAAAGUAAAUAAAUAAAUAGAGAGAGAGAGAGAUUUUUUUUUCACGUGGUAGGGUAAAAGAGGUUCUAAGAAUGACCGGCACUGAUUGAGUUCAUGACAAUGUUUACAGUUGCGUGAUCCCUAAGGGCAUAUUUCUCCACCCUUCAGUGAGCCAAGGCACGUUUGACAUCAGAAAAGCUAAGCACAGCAAGCGACUAAAUAAACAUUUCACCCCCCUCCCC